UCUAUGGAAGUACAGUAAAAUACGAUGUGCAUUUGUAGAUCCAUGUUAGCAAAUACUUCUACAAAGGUGACAGAUAUUACUGUUUGCCGGGGGAGGACAGCGUGCAGAACUGUAAGUACUGGAUCGAGGUGCUGGGUUGGGAUCCGGACUUUAUGCACUUCAACGACUGCUUCUACGCUGCGGUGAACGAUAUCGGUUUGAACCUCACGGAGCGCUAUCUCCUGCUAACCGUUGGUUUGUUUUCUCCCGAUGUCACACAAGUGUCCAGCAACAGCAAGCGCAAGAUGGAAUGCAGUUACGCAUACUUCUUGAGCGUGCUGUUCUAUCUGAUGGGGCAUCGUCUCAGUGUCGAUGAACGGGAAACGGUGUACAAGAAACUGGAAAAGAUCAUCCGUCAAUUCGCGAAGAUUGACGCGCUGUGUAUGAAGUAUGUCAGCAGUGUGAAUACCAGCGAGGCACCGCUGCGGCCACGCAGCUCACUAUCGUUCAAGGAAUGCUUGUCAGCAGAUGCCAAGAAAAAUAAACUACUCUGUGUCAGAGAAAAACAUUUCUUAUACAUCAGACGUAUACAUACAGCUGAUACAACGUCACGAAAUAUUUCGACUGGUGCAAAUGACAAGGUUCGUAUUAAAUUUUGUAUGUAUACUGGUGAUUAUAACUGAUGUAUUAAAAUUGUUUAUUACUACGCGGACA